AUGGGUCACGAAGAUGCUGUCUACCUCGCCAAGCUCGCCGAGCAGGCUGAGCGCUACGAAGAGAUGGUCGAGAACAUGAAGGUCGUUGCCUCCGCCGAUGUAGAGCUCACCGUUGAGGAGCGGAAUCUCCUGUCUGUCGCCUACAAGAACGUCAUCGGUGCCCGUCGUGCGUCCUGGAGAAUCGUCACCUCCAUCGAACAAAAAGAAGAGUCCAAGGGCAACGAGUCCCAGGUCUCCCUCAUCAAGGAGUACCGUCAGAAGAUCGAGGCUGAGCUGGCCAAGAUCUGCGAUGAUAUCCUCGAGGUUCUCGACAAGCACCUGAUCCCCUCUGCCCAGAGCGGCGAGUCCAAGGUCUUCUACCACAAGAUGAAGGGUGACUACCACCGUUACCUCGCUGAGUUCGCCGUCGGCGACCGCCGCAAGGGCGCCGCCGAUGCUUCCCUCGAGGCCUACAAGGCCGCCACUGAGGUUGCCCAGACCGACCUUGCUCCCACCCACCCCAUCCGUCUCGGUCUCGCCCUGAACUUCUCCGUCUUCUACUACGAGAUCCUCAACUCCCCCGACCAGGCUUGCCACUUGGCCAAGCUCGCUUUCGACGAUGCCAUUGCUGAGCUCGAUACCCUGAGCGAGGAGAGCUACAAGGACUCCACCCUGAUCAUGCAGCUCCUCAGAGACAACCUGACUCUGUGGACCUCGUCCGAGGCCGAGCCCGCCGCCGAGGCGAGCGCCCCCGCCGAGAAGAAGGAUGAGGCCCCCGCUGAGGGCGAGAAGCCCGCCGAGUAA